CAAAAGGGGCCCGGCCGGGUGGAGGGUGAAGAGUUAAUGGCUCCGCCAGCAGCCGCUGCCCUCUGAACUGGAACGGAAAGCAACUUCCGGUUGGAGUCCUUCAGCCGGGGGCCGGCGACCGGAGGCGUGAGAAAAAGUGGCGGAAUCCUUGAAGUACCAGUCAUUUACUCCAUCCUUUAUAGUGAUGCUACAGGACACAGAGGAAUGGAUAAAAACAUUGGUGAGCAACUCAAUAAGGCAUAUGAAGCCUUCCGACAGGCAUGCAUGGAUAGAGAUAAUGCAGUAAGAGAACUACAGCAAAAGCAGACUGAGAACUAUGAGCAGAGAAUACGUGAGCAACAAGAACAGCUGUCAGUUCAGCAAGCUAUUAUUGACAAGCUAAAAUCACAGUUACUUCUCGUGAAUUCCAAUCGAGAUGACAGUUAUGGCUACCUUCCCCUACUUGAACACAGUGAAACAAAGAAGAAUAAUUUGACUUUUGAUCAGACACAUGAUAAAGUGAAAUCAGGAGUACUGAGAGAAAAACAAUCAAAGGAAAGAAGACAAGAGCUUUCUUCUCCUAGAAAAGAAACAUCACCAAAGAGUCUUGGUGUUCCUUUAUUUCAUGAAAGGGAUAAUAUAGAGAAGACUUUCUGGGAUCUGAAAGAAGAAUUUCAUAGAAUUUGCCUGCUAGCAAAAGCACAAAAGGAUCACUUAAGCAAACUUAAUAUACCGGACACUGUAAUUGAAACACAGUGUUCUGUGCCUAUACAGUGUACGGAUAAAACAGAUAAACAAGAAGCGCUGUUUAAGCCUCGGGCUAAAGAUGAUAUAAAUAGAGGUACACCAUGCGUCACAUCCGUCACACCAAGAGGACUGGGCAGAGAUGAGGAAGACACCUCUUUUGAAUCACUUUCUAAAUUCAAUGUCAAGUUUCCUCCUAUGGACAAUGACUCUACUUUCUUGCAUAGCACUCCAGAGCUACUCAACAUCCUUGGUCCUGCCACAUCUGAGGCAGUAUGCCAGGACAAAUUUAACAUGGAGCUCAGAGACAACCCAGGAAACUUUGUUGAAAAAGAAGAAACUUCAUUUGAAAUUCAGGGAAUUGACCCCAUAGCUUCAGCUAUACAAAACCUUAAAACAACUGACAAAACGAAAACCUCAGCUCUUGUAAACACUUGUAUCAGGACAAGUCUGGAUAGAGCUGCGUGUUUGCCACCUGGAGACCAUAAUGCUUUAUAUGUAAAUACAUUCCCACUUCAGGACUCGUCUGAUGCACCUUUUCCCUCACUCGAUUCCCCAGGAAAAGCUAUCCGAGGACCACAGCAGCCUAUUUGGAAGCCCUUUCCUAAUCAAGACAGUGACUUAGUGGUACUAAGUGGCACAGACUCAGAACUGCAUAUACCUCGCGUAUGUGAAUUCUGUCAAGCAGUUUUCCCACCAUCCAUUACAUCCAGGGGGGAUUUCCUCCGGCAUCUUAAUUCACACUUUAAUGGGGAGACUUAAGACACAUUUGAAAACAAACAUAUCAAGUUCUAUGAGAUGGUUUUGGGUUUUGUAAUACUAUAAAUACUUGACUGUAAACUAAAUUCGAGAUCAUUUAUAGAAAAAUUUAGUGUCACAGCUAUUUGAAUUUUUUUCUAGACUUAUUUUGUAACUUUUAUUAUCUUAUAAAAGAUCAUUGCAUAUAAAACUGUAAUUCAUUGUAUUCAUGUUUACAGUUUUAUUGUUAUAAUUCAAAAUUACAUGUGACUUAAAGAGCUAUAUAAUUAUAAUUUAAAUUUGUUUCAACUCUCUAAGCUUACUGCUUGGAUUUCUAUUGAAAUCAUUGAAUUAAGUGAUCUGAAAUGUUUAUAGGGUUUUGUUUUUUCAUUAUAAAGUUUAGAUUAUUUAUGCUAUAGGUGAUGUUCUUUUUGAAUAACCUAUAAUAGAGAAUGAGAGACAAUAUAAAUGUCUGAGUAAUUGCCAAACCUAAGACAGUUGUUUACUCAGUGAUAAAAUCACUGGUAGAAUUAUUUAAACACUUUAGUUUUUUAAAUAAUAUACAUGGUUUUAAUUUGUACUGUGUGUGUAGCUACAUUCUGAAAUGAAUUAAUUAUUAAAAGAGUUACUUAUGUUGUGGUCA